AGCAUGCAGAGCUCAGAGCUGCAGCAGCCCUGGAAUGAUGGAACGCUGACAAUCGGACUGAAGAUGGAUAGAUAGCCCUCUAGAUUGACCCACUGGGCGUGCGCGAAUCGGGUACCCAUGACUUUACGAACGCGGGGACUCAUGGAACUCAGGAGCUCAGUCAAAGGCCGUUAAGCAUUUUUGUAUGUGGCUAGCCAGGCAGCCAGCUCGAUUAGGCAGGUGCAGCCAUAAAUCACAGGCCCGUCUCAGCUCGAUCAGCUCCAUUAGGUGGCCAGCCCCCAUCUGCCGACGUCCUUUACGACUUUGCUCUCCCUUCGCGUGUUGUUGGUGGUGAUAGCGUUCAAAGCCGUCCGGGCAUCAGCCUUGGCAUCGCCUUCCAGCCUUGCGGCCUGGUUGGCCGGAUUUUCCCCCCACGUCAUGAGCGUUGAAUCCCGGUCUUCUGAGCCGGCUUAAUAACCUGCAUCACAAGUUCACUCACCAACCUCUACACACACUCCAGCUUGAUCCAUUGGCUCAUGUCCCGCUCCAUGAAGUCCACCCAUGAUAUCGAAGCCGUCCAUCUUAUAAGCGACGAGCCCGACAGAGACCCGCUCCUCAAAACCGGGACAGGCGAAUCAGACGCUGAUAGCUCCGUCGGUCGCAAAAUGAACCGGCCGCCUGAACCCUUGUCUCGCCGCUAUUUGCGGGUCUUGGCCGUGGUCAGCUUAUAUUGGUUCGUGUCCAUUUCCAUGGUGUUCGUCAACAAGCGGUUGUUGAGCGGCAAGACGGAUUUUGACGCCCCGUUCUUCGUGACUUGGUUCCAAUGCGUGAUCAGCGUGAUCGGUUGCUACGGCGUGUACGGGCUUACGCUCAUGUUUCCCGACUACAUCGAAUUCCCACGCCCCAAGCUCAAUCGGACCACUUGUCUCAAGGUCUUGCCUUUGUCGGUUGUAUUUUGCGCCAUGAUCGGCUUCAACAAUUUGUGUCUGCAGAGCGUGGGCGUGUCCUUCUAUUAUGUGGGACGCUCACUCACCACCGUGUUUAACGUGAUUUGCACGUUUUUGAUUCUGGGUCAAAAAACCUCCAUGAAUGCUGUCAUCUCGUGCGGUGUGAUUGUGUUCGGAUUUUGGUUGGGCGUGGAUCAAGAAGGCGCCCUGGGCUCGUUAUCCAUGUUAGGCGUCAUUUAUGGCGUCAUGGCCUCCCUCUGUGUCGCACUCUUUGCCAUCUACAUCAAAAAAGUACUGCCUUUGGUCGACGACAAUAUUUGGACGUUAACACUUUACAACAAUGUCAACGCCUCGCUCCUUUUUAUUCCCCUCAUCUUACUUUGGGGUGAAACGCCCUCUAUCUUGGGCUCACCCGAAGUGGUUCGCUUUUCAUUUUGGUUCGAUAUGAUGGUGGGCGGAGUACUGGGACUGGCCAUCGGCUCGGUCACCGGCCUCCAAGUCAAAGUGACCUCGCCACUUACGCAUAAUAUUUCGGGUACGGCCAAAGCCGCCGCUCAAACAUUGUUGGCUACGCAAAUCAACGCGGAAAUCAAGAGUCUGUGGUGGUGGGUGUCUAAUGCCGUGGUUUUGAUCGGCACGCUCAUGUAUACCCGGGUGAAGCAAUUGGAAAUGGCGAAAAAAUAGUCCAUUUAUAUGGCCUAAUGACAGGGUUUGGCCUUAGAACGUCAUGAAGGUCAAAUCCCAGUUCUCUCAACGAAUGGAUUGUUCAAGUAUCACCAACGGACUUCUGGAAAAAGGCUUGAUGCAGACCCUAAUUUUCGACGUUUGCCAGAAGCGCAUUAUCAUCCUUACUAUUUUUGUUAUUGUUAUUUAACUUAAAAGAAUGUUCACGAGUGGUGUGUUAAGGGGCCAUGGUUAAUUUCUCGGUUUUAGACGAAAAAGAACCAUGAUACCAUUGUACUAAUCGCGCAAUAUAUUUCAUUCUGCGCGGAACAGGCAGAUAAUAACAAA